CCGGGCUCAUAACUGCAACAAGGGUCUUAGCCGGAGAAACCCGGGGGAUACUUCGUCUGUGGUCAUCAUGGAUAACAGGAAUGGGAUGAUGCCGUUCCCACCACCCAUCAGCAGAGACAGGGCCAUCUGUGAAUUCCCAAAGUGUUACACACCUGAGGCCUCUCUGCAGCUAAAGAAGGACUGGGACAAUCAGGCAAAAGAAGCCUGUAAUGACAGAGCGGCCAGGCAUCAGCCGUGGGACCGACAGAAAAUGUCAAAAGUGGUGGUUGUUGGUGACCUCAAUGUGGGGAAGACCUGCCUCAUUAAUAGGUUUUGUAAAAAUGUAUUUGAAAGAGACUACAAGGCCACCAUUGGAGUAGACUUUGAGAUUGAGAGGUUUGAAAUAUCUGGAGUCCCUUUCUCCCUUCAGAUCUGGGAUACUGCUGGGCAGGAAAAAUUCAAGUGCAUUGCAUCUGCAUACUACAGAGGAGCUCAGGUCAUCAUCACAGUCUUUGACAUGGCAGACAUUAAGUCCCUGGAUCACACACGCCAGUGGUUGCAGGAGGCCAUGAGAGAAAAUGAGAAUGACUCCUGUUUCAUCUUCUUGGUUGGCACUAAGAACGACCUGCUGCCCACAGAGGAAAGACAGAGGACAGAAAGAGAUGCCAUUAAAAUAGCAACAGAAAUGCAUGCAGAGUUUUGGGCUGUUUCAUCUAAAACAGGGGAAAAUAUUGAGGGGUUUUUCUUCAGGGUGGCAGCUCUGGCCUUUGAGAGGUGCAUCCUAAAGGACCUGGAGGGUGGGGCCCCUGCAAGCAUCGGACGAGGAGAUGGUAUCAAAUCAGAUCAUGCCAAACUGGAGGAGGCCACAUCCCAAGAAAUGAAGAGAAACUGCUGCUGAUAAAAAGAGGAACUGGGAGCUGUAGAGGAGAACAGAGCCAGACAGGCUGUGUUCUGAUGGAUCAUGUUCCACUGGACUGAAAUAUGCCUUAGGACACGUUCCAUUACGUUCCUUAAUUCAUUAGGCAGCCAUUCUGACAUUUGCAGAAGGUUCAACCAGUAUGUGCUCUUGAAAGUCAAUCAUUAUUGGACUGAAGCCAUCAAUAAUGGAUUAUUUUUUGAUGAUACUAAAUCUUAUGAAUUUGACCAUUUUCAUAGCACAAAUGUCCAAAAAAAGUAUUUAGGGAAACCAAAUUUUUAAACCUAGAGAAACCCAGUAUAAAAUCAUGCUAUGAUAAUAACUAAUAUUUGAGUCUGAUCAGCACAUCUCAUUACAACCAGUCUAGUUUGUGGUCUUCUCAUGUUGUAUUAUUGGUCAGUUUCUGUAAAAUAAAAAUUCCAUGGUGUCCAUCAUUUCAGAGGUGGAUGGUGGUGCCAGGACCAGAUCGCACUUGGGUCAUAAGACCAACAUUGGUCCUUGUGAAACCCCCUUUUUUAACUACUGUAAUAGUGUUUGUUACUACAGUAUUGUUGUGGAAUAUUUGAUUAUGGGCUCUACACUGAUAAAAGCUUAAUGAAAGUUUAGAGGUAGGAAUUUGGGAGCAGGUAAACCAAAUGUGUAUGUUUACUUUCAAGUAAUAAAAGUGUAAAUGAG